UUUCUAAGCUGUUUAAAAAGUACUCAGAUCUCAUCCAGUUGUUCCUGAUUCGAUUAGCUGUGGCUCCUUGCACCCUCUCCUUUGAUAUGAAUAUUUAAAAGAAGCUUAGAUAACAAGAGGGAUAAGAGAACAUAGUCUGGGAAGCCUUUCUGAGUCCGAGAACAGUUAUGAGCGAGCCUGACUGAGAACUCUAACUUGCUAAUAUAAAUCAUUGACUUCUCAAUUUUGAUAGAUGAAUCUGAAGAUUGAUGGUCUCAGCCAUUUUCUGAAAUUCUCCUGAGCUCCAGUUGUAGCGCAGAUUUUGUUAAAUUUCUGAAGGAGAAACUGAGCUCUUUCUUCAUCACCCUUCUUAUAAUUGAAGCAGAAAAGGAUCCUCCACUAGGGGCCUGAUCUUCACGGUAGUUCUUCAGAUCAUGAGACAUGGAUACUUCGAUUGAACUAGCCUUUACAAUUUAUUUUGCUUUUUAUAACUUCACUCACUUCCUUCUUUACUUUCCUAAGAUUUUAAUAUUCUAUCUUGAUACUCUUGAGCUAUUGAAGCCUCUUGUAAUCAAAACUCUUUCUGAGAUGGUGUCAAUGAUGAGCAAUCUGGCAUCAUCAAAGAAAACCCCAACAGCUGGCUCCUUUAAUAAACAGAUCAUUAUGACCAGGUCUCACUUUUUCCAAAAGGGAUUAUUUAAUAUCUAAUUAUUAUUGUUUCAAGUUGCAAUUUGAUAAUAAGAUUUUUAGAAUUCAGGACUUUGGAAGUUGAGCUUGAACCGAAUUUCACUCUAGUUUUGAUUGAGGAAAAAGUUUUAAAAUAAUUUCAAUGGUAAUUUGGUAUUGAAAAAGGCUAGUUUUGAGGCUUUCAAAGGAAGAAUUUGAGAAACAUCGAAACCAUUUCUGUCCUCUCUCAGUUCCUGUUUCAGGGUGUCUAUUAGCUCAUCAGUGCUUAUUCUAAGACCCUCACUGUCUUCAUAAAUAUUUUAUUCUCUUUUCUUCAUCACUAUACUACGAAAUCCCCACUGGGUCAAAUUAAUCUGAUAUUCUUAUUGAAAACCAGUAUUUCAGUCUCAAAUUCUUUCUCUGAGGUAGCACCAACAAUUCAGCACUCUCCAAGGAUCCUGGAUUCGUCAAAGUAGCUAAUCUUAUUACCCUCCAUUUUGUAAUUUAAGUUAUCAUUGUUAUUUAUUGCCUUAGGCCACCAAUACAAGUAAUGGUUUCCUGGAAAAUGUAGCUUUUUCAAAAUCUUCCUCUGUAACUCAAGUUUGGAUUAGCCUGAUUAAAAUUCUUUGCUAGAAAUCUAGCCAGGCUUAUCUUAGCCUGAACUAGAAAAGAAGCUUUGAAAAAUAUUAUAUAUUUGUUAUGGAUGGGUUUUACCAUUUUUUACAAUAAAUUUCUUCAAGAAAACAGAAAACUCACCAAAAAGUUGCCAGAAUUGAUCAGAUAAACAACAGGAAGAAGACUCCUGGACUGGAGGUUUGAAAAGUAUCUCGUCAGAAAAUGUCCGCCAGGGUCAUAUAAUUACCAGCUAAUU